AUGAAAUCCUGCGGAGUGUUGCUCGCUACCGCCGCGACAGCUUUCGGUGAUGAGAAAAAGAAAAUGGCGGCGGGAAAAGCAAGCAGCGAGAGCGAGGAGCGGACUACCAGCCUGACAGCUGAGGAGAUGGAAGCGCUAGAAGGACUAGACAGCCGCCUGUUCGGGUUCGUGAGGUUUCACGAAGAUGACGCCAGGGCAAAAACCUUACUGGACAAGGCUGUUCGCUACUACGAAUCUUUAAUUUUAAAAGCUGAAGGAAAAGUGGAGUCUGAUUUCUUUUGUCAGUUAGGUCACUUCAACCUCUUGUUGGAAGAUUAUCCAAAAGCAUUAUCUGCUUAUCAGAGAUACUAUAGUUUGCAAUCUGACUACUGGAAGAAUGCUGUGUUUUUAUAUGGGCUUGGUUUGGUCUACUUUUAUUACAGUGCAUUUCAGUGGGCAAUUAAAGCAUUUCAGGAGGUGCUUUACAUUGAUCCCAACUUUUGUCGAGCCAAGGAAAUUCAUUUACGACUUGGGAUUAUGUUCAAAGUGAACACAGACUAUGAGUCUAGUUUAAAGCAUCUUCAGUUAGCUUUGGUUGACUGUAAUCCCUGCACUUUGUCUAGUGCUGAAAUUCAAUUUCAUAUUGCCCACCUGUAUGAACCCCAAAAGUCACCUGUUGAAGAAAAUGAGGAAUAUGUUUACUUCUCUAUACUUUUGUGGAAAGAUCUCCAUAAAAAUAUUGCAUAUUGUGGAGGUGGAAAAUGCAUGCGUCUGCACACACACACACACCCAAGUAAUGCACAGCCCCAGGAGGCUGAACUCUAUGAGGACAUUAGCCAGCUUGCCCUCUGGCUUCUGGUUGGAUUUGGCCAAGGAGAGGCACCAGAAGGAGGUUGGAAGGUGGGAGGAGACAGCGGCUGGGAUGAGUAUUCCCGCCCACUUCCUCAGUAUCUCACCCCAGCCGUGGCAAAGCUGCCUGCCUUCUCUUCUACAAUUCUGAAAGGCAGCCCCUCUUUCCCACCCCUGGCUCCAGCUCUCACAGGGCUCUGGUGA